AAAGAGUUUAAAACUGCAGCUCUGCGUUUCAAUCCGUUCCAGUCCCUCGACCCUGCUGUCGGACUUGCGGAGUAACAUUGUGUCCUCGUCUCUCUGCGUCUUAACAACUUUUCAUCGCGGCAUAAUCUCUCCUGGAAAUACUUUCACGCAGAUCCUUAAAUCCAUAAGUGGAAACAUGCUGAUCCUUCUUUGUGGCAUCGUAUUCCUGCACAUUGCAGUUCUGGUCCUGCUCUUCGUCUCCACUAUAGUCAAUGCCUGGACUGUAAGUCCUACCAGUAGCUCAGACCUUUGGCAAAACUGCAGCACACUCGUCACAGGGUCCGGCUGCCAGCUAGGGGAACACGGAGUAUGGAUUCAGGCAGUUCAGGCUCUCAUGAUCCUGUCCAUCAUCUUCAGUUUCCUGUCACUCUUACUGUUUUUCUGCCAGCUCUUCACGCUGAAGAAGGGUGGACGCUUCUUCCUCACUGGAGCCUUCCAAAUCUUUGCCUGUUUGUUCGUCAUGUGCGGCGCGAUCAUCUACACGGUGAUGAAGCACACGUGGGUUCCCGCGAAUGAAUCAUACGGUUAUGCCUACAUCCUGGCCUGGGUGGCUUUUCCUCUGGCGCUCAUCAGCGGCUUAAUCUACGUCAUCUUGAGGAAACGGGAAUGAACAGGGUCACCCCCUUGAGGCUCGACCUCCAGACAUCGAAGAUCCUCUAAAUCGCUUACCGCAUCUGCAGACAAGUUUAAACAGUCCAUAUCUUAUUAUAUAAUAUAACGUUACGAUAUCGUACAAGAAUCACCACCACGAAAAGACAUAGAACAACCAAUGCGGUCAUUGUUUGAAGAUGUAUAUAGUAUCUUUGGUUUAAAACCUAUUUAUAACACUUUUUACAUAUAUGUACAUAGUAUUGUUGUGUGUGUUGACAAAGAGCUUCUUUGUUUUGUUUUUGUUUUUCGCUAAUUAAGUGCCUACAAUGUGUGUUUUGUCAGAGGCACGUGCAUUAUUAGCCAUAUUGUGUGUUUUUAUUUUUCUUACACUGCCAAAAACGGUUAUAAAAAAAAUAAAAUAAAAAUCCUUUGAAGUAUUUUAACCAAAGAGCAUGUAUUAAAAAUAGUGAUAUGCUAUAGAGAACUGAAACCGCUUUAGAAAUAUAGACAUGUGAUAACACUUACUGAAAACUUAUGCAAAGCUAGAUACAAAAGUUGACCAUUUUUUGCUUUUAAAAGGAUAUUAAUUUCUUUUUUUUUAAAAUUGUUUUUAUUCGAAAAAAAAAUGGUGCUAUGUAUUUACCAUUCCUAUAGCCAUUUUGAUUUUAUUUAGUCAGACCGAAACGAAUGCCUGCGAGUACACGUGAUGGCUCUGUAUACUUACUUCUGUACAUACAGUACUUACCAAAUAGACUCAUUUUAUAAUAAAUUGUGUUGGAAAUAACGCAAGAUUUGAGUAUUAGCCAAGCAAAUGGCUUUGAAAGGCCACAGACGUAGACAUUUUAGCGAUACUGUAACAGCUAAGAGGGCAUUAUAUUACCAAAUGCCAUCAGUAAGGUGUGAACUGCCCGGUAUGCGAGUGUAUCUGUGUUGUGUGUCUAAAGCUAGCUGAAAAACAAAAAAACAAAAACAUGCACUAGAGUUAAAACACACAUAUUUAUGCAAGCUACUUGUGAUUGAAGGGAAUCUUACUGGCAUUUUGCAUGGAUUGAAACAUCAGACUUGGAUAUUUUCUGGUAGUGGAUGUACCAGACUUUUUGCAUUCGUUGCAACAUUGUGUUGAUACUUGAAAUGUGACAUGCUGACUGUCCAUUUUUGUGAAAAAUACCCAAAAACAACAACAACAAAAAACGUCUCCACCUUGAAUUCAGUCUUUUACUGGACGUCAUGUGGUUCUUUACAAAUACAUCACUUGCAAACUCAUGAUCUGUAUGCAACUCACACUGAGGACCAUGUAGGGAAAAAAAAAAAAAAACUAUAGGAAAAUCCCUAUGCACUGAAACAAACAAUAAAUUACCAUUAACGAAAUUUGUUGUCGGAUCUCAUGGUUAUGUGAUUGCAGUGUUUUGGUGCAUGUCUAAAACAACAUCCUAAUCAAUGUGAGUGAAAUAAUGAAGUCAUAUUUUAUCAUUAUUUACCCAAGUUUCUUCAAUUAAAACACUGAUUUGAUAGGUUUCAUCACUACAGUAGAGAUAAUUACAGAAUUAAAAGUUCUAACCAUUGUCAGCUUUGUUGCAUACUUGUACACUGUACUAAACCUCACCUAAAGGCCGUAGUUAACACUGUUUCUGUGGUCAGAGGAGGAAGCAGAACCUCUCAUGAUGGCCAUUUUAGAAACGCGCCACUCUCUGUAACGUUGAGCAGCUGUUCGCAUGUUCACACGAAUGCUUGUGUAUUUAUUAAAAGCUAUUAAAGAAAUCUU